CUGUAAGGCCUGCGUUGCAGGGAUCAGCGCACCCAGGAGAGCGCUGCGUGAAAUGUAAAUGAAUGAACUGAUAAAAGUUUAGCAAAUGACUGUCAGCUGGUCCGCUUCGAUGUUAUUGCAACUGAUGAUCGGUAGGGAGCAGCAUAUUGCUCCUGCAUGCGUUUCAUGUGAUGCCAAUCCGUCUCAGUGGUUGAGAAAGAAACAGGGGAGCUGGUUGGUCCAUUGCUCUGGGAACUGUUGUCCACUUCACAUCAUGUCUAUUUACCGAAACGCCAUCUGGUUUUUGAAUGGGAUCCAACAAUACACAAGGAAGGGAUAYGCAGCCGCUUCUAAAGACUUUGAGACGAAGGAUCUUGAAGUUUCUGUAGUGGGGCGAUCUUUCUUGAUCACUGGAGCCAACAGUGGUAUUGGCAAAGCAACAGCCAUGGCUAUAGCCAAGAAAGGAGGAACAGUCCACAUGGCGUGCAGGAACAAAGACAGAGCAGAAGAAGCCAAGUCAGAGAUUGUUUCUGAGUCUGGGAACGCGGAGGUGUACAUCCAUGUCGUUGACAUGUCCCAGACACGCAAAGUGUGGGAGUUUGCUGAGGCCUUCAAGAAAGAGCAUCCGUCGCUGAAUGUCUUGAUAAACAAUGCAGGCUGUAUGAGUCACAAGAGAGAGCUGAACGCAGAGGGCCUGGAGAUGAACUUUGCCACCAACACCAUGGGGGUGUAUAUYCUCACUCAGUCUCUCAUACCACUUCUGCAGAAGAGCCGGGACCCACGAGUGAUCACUGUGUCCUCAGGGGGCAUGCUGGUCCAGAGUCUCAGAGCUGAUGAUCUGCAGUCAGAGAAGGGCCACUUUGAUGGCGUCAUGGUCUAUGCACAAAACAAGAGACAGCAGGUGGCGCUAACAGAACACUGGGCCAAAGUCAACCCUGUCAUUCACUUUUCUGUCAUGCAUCCGGGCUGGGUUGACACACCAGCUGUUUCUGCAGCAAUGCCUCAGUUCCAUCAGAUGAUGGGGGACAGGUUGCGCAGUGUAGACCAAGGAGCUGACACGGUUGUGUGGUUAGCUCUGUCCAGAGCUGCUGCUAGAAAACGCAGUGGCCGGUUUUUCCAAGAUCGUAAGCCCGUUCCCACGCACCUGCCCCUGGCUUGGACUCACAGUUCUGCUGAAGAGAUUCACAGUUUCAUAACUCAGCUGGAGACUCUGGCCAGAGCUGUUCAGUCACAACAUGAUGUAGAUAUCAGAGGCCAGACGGACGCUUCCGUACCUCAGUUUGUCUGACUUGUGCUACAAAAUGCGUUGGUGACUUAGAAAGUAAAAUUGCCACCGAUUGAAAGAACAACGCAUUACAUUUAUGUUUUAAAUGUUGCAGUAAAAUAUUAUCUAGUUUUUUCCSUGAAAUAAAAUYGAGCUCUGGUCACCUCA